UAUAAAAAGGAUUUAUUAGUAUUUUCCUGAUUUAAUAGAAAUAGCUAGUACUGAAUGAAAUGUCCACUGUAAGUUGCUUUGAAUGAAACUGUCUGCUGAAUGUAAAAGUAAUCGUUAUGCAGGGUCCCAACAUCCUCUAACUAAAGAAAUGCCUUAUUUCACCUCAUUUAAACACAACCCAUGGCCGUGUGCUUUGGUAUCUUGCUGGCCAGUUAACACUCAAUAUCUCUUGGGCCUUUACCAUUUUUACAGUAAGCCAUGGAUAACUGCAGUAUAUUCUGCGGGUGUCUUGUGUUUCGGUUCUAAUAAGACAUGUCAACAUUGUCUUAAGGGAGGAACCAGAGCGCGGCGUUGUCAGUUUAACCACAACUCCGAGGGGGGGGGGCAUUCAAAGGGUUGCUUUCAAAGUUCUCAGCUGUCCCAAACGGUCACAAAUGGAAACACACGCAUGCACGCACACACUGUCAGAAACACAUCCAUAGAAUAGGCUAGACCCGGCUGGGCUGGGCUUGGGUUUCUUGCAUUGCUGCGUGUCAUUCUCCCACCUGUUAGGGCCCCGUUUAACCACGAAAACAAAGGGGAUGAUGGGGAGAGUGCUGGAAGAAGAAGUCCUGGCAUCGAGGCGCUCUCCGACAGGGAGCCAGACCUGGCACUCCAUGUCUGUGUGUCGGUGGUCCUUCACCCCCGUGUGUUUCACUGAGGAACUUCGUUUGACUCUUGAGUUCAUCUUGUGUGUCAAAUAAUUGUACCUUUUGACGUCUGGUUGCCAGCUGAAUACCAACCAUGGCUAACUACGACUCACUGGAUGAUAAGGAUUCCCUGGACUUCCAUGACAACCCACCUGCACCCGACAACGUGGUGAGAGAGGACGACAACACGGUGUACUUCGUCUACGACGAAGAGGUAGAAGAGGAGGAGCGAGAAGACCCCGCCUCCCUAGAGCCUGUCAAACCUGUCAACGACAAGCCCCACAAGUUCAAGGACCACUACUGCAAGAAACCCAAGUUCUGUGACGUCUGCGCGCGUAUGAUAGUCCUGAACAACAAGUUUGCCUUGCGCUGCAAGGACUGCAAGACCAACAUCCACCACCAGUGCCAGUCCUACGUUGAGUUCCAAAGAUGUUACGGCAAAAUUCCCCCAGGCUUCAGGAGGGCCUACAGCUCGCCGCUGUACAGCAGCCAGCAGAACGCCACCGUCUCCCAGCUGCUGCCCUUCUCGCAGUCCAACCGCACCGACCCCGUGUUUGAGACCCUGCGCGUCGGAGUCAUCAUGGCCAACAAGGAGCGCAAGAAAGGCUCGGAGGACAAGAAGAAUGUAAUGAUGAUGAUGAUGGAAGAAGAGGAUUCCCCACCCAAAGGAGAUGAAGGAAGAGGAGAAGCCAUCCCAGAGGCAGACAAGAAGGGAGAAAAGGUUGUUCCAGAUGAUAAGAGUAAGAAGCCCCAGCCAGGGAAGAUCGGUGUGUUCAGCCAGUCUCACUACUACCUCGCUCUCUACCGCUUCAAGGCCAUCGAAAAGGACGACCUGGACCUGCACGCUGGUGAUCGGAUCACGGUGAUCGAUGACUCCAACGAGGAGUGGUGGCGGGGUAAGAUAGGGGACCGCACAGGCUUCCUCCCGGCUAACUACAUCAUCCGCGUGAGGGCCGGAGAGAGUGUGUACAAGGUGACACGCUCCUUCGUCGGGAACAGAGAAAUGGGUCAGAUCACUCUGAAGAAAGACCAGAUCGUGGUGAAGAAGGGGGAGGAGCUGAACGGCUACCUGAAGGUGAGCACCGGGAGGAAGCUGGGCUUCUUCCCUGCCGACCUGCUGCAGGAGAUCUGAGGAGGAGGAGGAGCAGCGCCACACGGGGCCGCCUUCUGGUUGGUCAACCAGGAGGAGCCACACCCACCUCGGGCCAGAACCACUGCCUGACCUGAUACAAAUGUCAACGAGAGGUUAAAGUGCCGGUGAAAUCACAUUUGUAUAAAUGUUUUAGGGUCUAGUUAUCGGCCUCUAUGAUGUGCAACGUAAGCUAUGCCAUUUUUUCAUUCUUUCUAAAAUAAUAGCAUAUUUCAUAAAAAAGCUAAAUCCAUGUGGAAAAACAUGAUGAUGAUAAGAUGUUUUUUGCUCAACCAAUGAAAGCACUUGCCGGUAAUAUUGAAACAAAACCAGACAGAAAUAUGAUGUAUUCUAUUAUUGUUCCUCUUGUCAUCAGAAUCCGAUGUGCCUUUAAUGAGGAAGAGACUAUAUCUUCAUUAUCUGUUACAUUGUCAUGCAGCAUAAGGGACUGCUGUUGGGGCUAUUUUAGAAUCAGACUAAUGAAAAAACAAUGUGUGGGUGGAAAGGCCCAGUCUGAGAUAUUAAUGAAGUGUUUUUAGAGUGUGGAAUUAAAGAGUUGGCAUUUAGAAA